AUGGCAGAGAAGCUGGGUUCUCUGAGCGAAGAGCCCGAAGCGCAGGAGCCCGCUGGAGGGCAGGACAAGUCUUCAAAGAAGACGGGAGAUUUGCUGGCAAUCGUGAAGAAACUUCAAAAAGAGGGAAGCCUGGAGCCGCAGAUUGGGGAUCUGAUUAACCGGAUCAAUGAGCUUCAGCAAGAGGCGGUGAUGAUCCUCCGACAGCACUGCCAGGAGUGGGACACUGAGGCGCCGAGGUUGGAUGUGGAAGAGCAGCUGGAGGAUCUGAUGGACCAGCACAAGGACCUCUGGGAGUUCCAUAUGCUGGAGCAGCGACUGGCCCAGGAGAUUGGCAUUCUAGAGCGCAGCAAGGAGCAGCUGCUGGCAGAGAGGACCAUGCUUCAGGCCAGGCUGCAGGAGGUGGAGCAACGGCUGCUCUCGGCCCGGGAAGUUCAGGGCGCCCCUGCAGAGAAGCUUGGGCUGAAGGCGGAGUUUGAGAAAUUCGAGGGACAAACCGGGAGUGCCAAAGUCCCUGAGGUCCGCAGAGAAGAGGCUGGCCACCAGCUCCCUUCCACCCACAAUGAAGAGGACUUGGAGCAGCAGGUGGAGCUGGCCCCAAUGUCCCCCUAGGCCAGUAAGACCCCUUCCAUCCUGUCUCGACCUUCCUUCAAGGCCUGCCAAAAAAUAAAAGUGGUGAUUUCAGAUUGUC